AUGGCAAGCCAUCAGUCAAAUCAAUCCACGGCAUUCGAUCAUUCGGCACCACCAAGUCCAAAGCACCGGCUGGAAGGCCAUGGCGAGCGGCGAACAUCGUCAGAUACGGCUGCACCAAAACCGGAGAUUGCACUGCAAGAGCAUUCUCCCCUCGAAAUGUUCACAGCUAAUGAAUCCCAUCACUGGAAAGAUCGUCCUGGCUGGCCGCGCCUUGCAGAGGUCAUGUCGAAGGUGCCAGAAUUCGCAGCCUUCCCUCGCUUUCGAGAGCUCAACAUGAAAAACUUACUCUACUACCAGGUAGAAUUGGAACUUUUGCACCACCAGAUUGAGAUGCAGGAAUUGGAUGAAAGUUUGAACAUCGAACGUUAUGAUACAAUCGUUAAAAAAGGCAACUCGGCCUACCAUGACUCUUUAAUCAAGUUGAGGGGCUUGUUGCGAGAGUACAACGAGGCAUUGCUACAGUUGUCACAAGUUUCCGCGCUAAAAGACCCGGAAGAGUACAAUAUGCGAUCUCUCCGUUCCUGGAUCUCGAGCAGCAAUUACGGCCAAGGAAGGAUCCGUAAGAAAGGCAGUACAGUGAACGCAUGGGGUGAUGCGAACGAUACACAGCACAAAGGCGAUCUUCGAACAGUGUUAAGCGCACUGCUGUGGGCUAAGCCGCCACCAAAGAGCGACCCUGAUCUCGUUGUCACACAUCCGGAAUCUAAGAUAGAUGGACUGACCAAGUGGACGGUAUACUAUCUAUUCCCCUACUGGUGGUCGUUACGGGACUAUCGGCGAGGGCAGUCGGACGAAGAGAAACAGCCAAAAGAGCAGGAAGAGAAUGAACAGCCAGAUCGUAACACCGUCGAGCGGAUGUCAGAGGGAGCUGCGCUGCGCCUGACUUCAAGCCUGUCAACAAUCGUUGCUUGCUUGAUCCCUGUCGUUGCCAUUGUUGUGCUCAAGCAGCUCUCUCGUACCCGAGAUUUGCUCCUGUGCAUCAGUGGUUUUGCUAUUGUCUUUGCUGCGGGACUCAUCUUUUUAACACAAGGAACGAGUUCAAGAACAGAAAUCUUUGCCGCUACUGCUGCGUUCUCAGCUGUAAUGGUUGUGUUCAUCUCAGACCCAGACAUCAACAUACAGAUUGCGCCAGGUGGUCAGGCCUUGCUCAUUAGCGAGAACCUCCACAAGUUCUUACAAGAAGUACAGAUUUGGGCGCAGCGUGGCUUCAACCAACCACUCUGGAUUGAUGCGAUAUGCAUCGAUCAGAGUUGCAUCGUGGAGCGUGGACACCAGGUUCAGCGGAUGGGUACGAUCUACUCGAACGCACAAGAGGUAUUCGUGUGGCUCGGCAGCCAGGGUAAGCUGGUCGAUGCUUUCCAUAACUGGCUGCGCAUGGCGCAUAGCCGCGAGUGUCCUGCCCAUUUGCGCCAGCAAUGGGACACAGUCCGUUUCAACCCCUAUUGGCAGCGAGCCUGGAUUAAACAAGAGAUACUGUUGGCAAAGAGAGUGACAGUCGUUCUUGGAGGCUUGAAGAUCGAGUGGGCCAUACUUGGCAAUGCCAUCGCAAGAUCUGGAAAUUUGCAUCAGUUGCAAGAUGAGCACGCGGCUCAUCUCUGGACAUUUUGGGAUGAUAAAUGGACGAGCAAGCGUUCCACUAGAGGGCCCACAAAUUCGACCCAGACCGAGCUCUUCUCAUUCUGGUCACUGAUGCACAUGCACAAAAACGCAGACUGUACCGACAAACGCGACAGAAUCUACAGCUUACUGGGGCUCAUUGAAGGACAUCACAGGUUUCUGGUGAAUUACGACGAGAGCGUCGCAGAUUUGUUCUGGCGAGUCAGCGAACAUUUCAACGCUGGGGACUCACCAGAACUAGUGGACAUCUUGAAAGUAGCCUUGCUGGAAGAAGAUGCCGGCGAUCAACUGCAACAGACUCGAACAGUCGUCAACCCCUGGGCUCUUGUUCAAUCGGUCAGACAUAAACCAGAUACUCGCGUGCGCAUCCCUAUCCGCCGAGUCAUGCCCACAAAUUCGAUCAUACCUCGUAUGCGAGGAAGCGUGAAAUGCAGCUUCAGUGGUUGCAAGGGGGCUCCACGUUUGAAGUUCACGCGCGAUGAUCUUCUUCUCUGCACCAACACACAGUCAGAUGAUCCGACGGACCAUGGCUGUAUACAUGCUAUCGCACACCCUUUGGACAAACCUGCAGCAGAACCUUUCGAGAUCAGACUCAUUGCUCACCAUCGCAAACAGACUGCGACCACCAUACUUUUGUCAACGGCCAUACAGAUCUUCGAUGUGGGGACCGAGACAUGGAUUGGGAUUUCGACUUGGUGGUCACUUCAGAAAGCUCUCAACAUGUCAGGUCUCGAUCGCGUUGAUCGAAUAAGGCUAUCAGUACCCGCGACCUACGCAUUGAUGAUAUGGUUUGGUGUUCAUCCGGAUCAACUCGACGAUGAGAGUUUUGUGUUCGACACCGGGCUGCCAUCUGUCCACCAUGCCCUGCCUAAGGGUACCAGGAUAACAAAGGACUCUAUAGAUAUACCAGGAAAGUGA